AUGGAGCUGGGGCGCCUGGAGUACCUGCAGGCGCUCGUCACCGAGUUCCAGGUGACGGACAGCCCAGAGGCCAAGGAGCAGGUCCUGGCAAACCUGGCCAACUUUGCCUACGAUCCCAAAAACUACGAAUACCUCCGGCAGCUGCAGGUCCUGGAUCUGUUCCUGGAUAUGCUCACGGAAGACAACGAGACCCUCGUGGAGUUUGCAAUCGGUGGCCUUUGUAACCUGUGCCUGGACAAAACUAACAAAGACUACAUCUUGGAGGCCAACGGGGUGGAGCCCAUCAUCAACUGCCUGUCCAGCUCCAACGAGGAGACAGUGAUGUCCGCAGUCACCACGCUGAUGUACCUGACGACGCCGCAGUCGCGCCAGCAGACCACGGCUCUGCCCGUGGUGGAGUGCAUGCUCCGCUUCUCCCUCUCAGCCAGCAGAAGGCUAAGCAACCUGGCAACCCUCUUCCUGGAGGAUUACUGCACACCCCUGCAGGUGGAAGAGGCCAGGAAUCUAAGCAAACACACAGCGGUGGGGAUUCCCCUCCCCAAGGACUGA